GAUGUCACUGCGGAUGGAAUGGGACCAGAUAGUCGACGCCUAACCCGCAUCUCAUCUAUCAUUGCCUCCCCUCGACUUCUUCCUUCUCCUCCGUCACGCAGCUCGCUCAGCUCCAGGCUGGAUGUGAUUACAGCCUGUAGGAACAGUAGUAUCUAAUCCCUUAUCCCCGGUCCUUCUGACGACUGCUGAACGGUGUCGAUCAUCGCCCACCAUGAACAUCGUCGAAUGGGCCUUCGGCAAGCGAAUGACCCCCGCCGAGCGUCUCCGCAAACACCAACGAGCGCUCGACCGAACCCAGCGCGAACUCGACCGAGAACGAGUGAAGCUCGAGAACCAAGAGAAGAAACUAGUCCAGGAUAUCAAGAAGAGCGCGAAGAAUGGCCAGAUCGGUGCUUGUAAGAUCCAGGCGAAGGAUUUGGUUCGCACGCGGAGGUACAUUCAGAAGUUUUAUCAGAUGAGGACGCAGUUACAGGCCAUUUCGUUGCGGAUUCAGACGGUACGGAGUAACGAACAGAUGAUGCAAUCGAUGAAGGGGGCGACGAUGCUAUUGGGGAGUAUGAAUCGCCAGAUGAAUCUGCCAGCGCUGCAACGAAUCGCGAUGGAAUUUGAACGCGAGAAUGAUAUUAUGGAUCAACGACAGGAAAUGAUGGAUGAUGCGAUUGAUGAGGCGACGGGGUUGGAAGGCGAGGAGGAAGAAGGGGAGGAUAUUGUGAAGGAGGUUUUGGAUGAGAUUGGGGUGGACCUUAGCCAGGCGCUGGGCGAAACUCCCACGGAUAUACAGAAGACGGCUGUGGGUGAGACGAGGGUGGCGCAACCUGUUGGGGCCGGGGGCAGUACGAGUGAUGAUGACCUGCAGGCGAGACUGGAUAGUCUUCGUCGGUGAUGAUAUGAUAUGUCUCUCGGACAGUCUAUUUAUUCUAUUUCUUGUUUCGCGGUUCUGCAUUUCGUUCCUCCCGGGGUUCUGG